GGGGGAAUAGUGCCCCAUCAUUGGUGUCAGUGGGGGGGAGGAAUAGUGCCCCAUCGUUGGUGUCAGUGGGAGGAAUAGUGCCCCAUCAUUGGUAUCAGUGACACCAAUGAUGGGGCACUAUUCCUCCCACUGAGACUUGCUGACCCUGUUCUCGUAUGGUGCUGCUGCAGCCAGCAUAUGUGGUUGCAGCAGCACCUCUACACAGAACACUUACCUGCUGCUCCGGCACUCAAUUUUCGCGGGGCCGCUCGGCUCCGCCCCCUCGCCGGUGAUUGGCCGCCUGCCGCGGCCUCCACUCUCCAUCCCCCCCAUCUCCCCCUCCUAUCACUCACCUCUUUCACUGAGAGGAACUCCAGCAGCGGGAAGACCAGGUGUCGGUCCAGAAAGUGAGCGAUCUUGGUGGUGAGAUCG